GAAGAAGAAGACCGGAAGUAUGUCGAAGAAGCGACUAGUUGUCAUGGGAUACCAAAGUUUAGCGGUUGUCUAGUGGCACGUAGAGGGCUGCUUGUAUGUCACCGUAUUGCCCGAGGGGAAUUUUUACUGCUUUAAAUGUAAUAUGGAUAGUUAACUCGGCGGUUUUAGAGGCAAACUUUCUUUUCUACGGAAACGUGAGCGAGCGUGUGAUGCUACUUUCAACUACACGAUGACAGAAGUCCGCCAAAGUGGAUGUCUUCUGGUCAGUGACUGGCAGCGACGCAAAGACAGCAAAGAAUAUUUCAGCACAAUAUUACAAAAGAAGAAACGAAAGAUUUUUGGUCUUCUGGAGUCUCCUCUGAUGCCUCCACAUGGGUUUGUGGACACGGUGCACUACAAGAUCUUCCUGUCGGGCAAGAGUGGUGUUGGUAAAAGUGCUCUUGCAGCCCGCCUAGCUGGUGUGAAAAUACCCAGCAUGCAUUACGAGACCACAGGUGUGGAAACGACGCAGGUUUAUUGGCCAGUGAAGCUGAGAGAAAGCAGCCGGGUUCUUUUCUUUCGCUUCCAGCUGUGGGACUGUGGAGAGAACGCCUUGCGCCGAUUCGAUCAUCUGCUCCCGUCCUGUAAGGAGCAGUUAGACGCAGUCCUCCUCCUGUUCUCCUUCACAGACAGGAUGUCCUUUGACCAGCUGGCCUCUCAAAUCCCCAAGUGGGCUCAAACACCUGAAGGCCGCGUGGUGACUUUGGUGGUUGGAACCAAGUUUGAUCUUUUUAUGCACUGCGACGUCACAGAGAAAGACGUGAGGGACUUUCAGGACACGUGGAAGUUACCGCUGCUACGUACAGGCGGUGAGGCCAAAGACGGGUUGGACGACGUAGCGCCCAUCUUGGACUGUCUGGCAGAGAAUUUGUGGCGUCAGGAUUGUGUCAUGCCUGCACCUGCUACAGCUGGGGGACUACUAAAUCCCACUUAAGAUGUGAAGACUUCAGUCCUGCAGCUCCUUUCAGUUUCACAAUUAUUGGACUUUUCCCACAAGAUGACAGGAUUAUGGAUAACAAACAUCACCGCCCACAACCACAAGGGGGCAUAUUUCUGAGUCACUAGGAAGUAUUAAUCCAGAUUUAAUCUGUCAUAUUUGUACACAAUGUGUACAAGUUUGUUGCCAUCUGAUGAUACAUCCCCAGGGUCAAAGGUUGUAUUUUAUUUUUUCCCCCAAAAUAGUGCCAACAAAGUUCAUAUAUAAAAAAAAAGGGAAUUUUUGUAUGUCAUACAUUCAUUUAAAUAUGACUACACAUCUGUUAGUUUUUCUUUACUUCCAGGUGUAAGGUAGAGAUUAUCUGAUGGAAAAUUAUCAGUAUAUAAAAAAUCAUGUUUAUUAUUUCAUGUAACCCCCGUCUUUAAAAAGUAGUUAUGCAACGGUUUCAAACUUUGAUCAAGGGUCCUAGAGCACACCACGGUUAUGUGCUAUGAGAAGCAAACGUGAACCUUAAAACUUUUUCCGAUGAUGCUACAAAUAUAUUUGUACCUUUUAUCACCUCAUCCUGGUUCCCAAAUGUUGGUGCUUGUGUUGAAUGCAUGAAAGUGAACUUUAACAGCUUUAUGAUGUCUGAUUAAUGCAUACAGUGCAUCCGGAAAGUAUUCUCAGCGCUUCACUUUUUCCACUUUGUUUUGUUAGCCUUAUUCUUAAAUGGAAUACAUUUAUGUCGUCAAAAUUCUACACACAUUACCCCAUGACAACAAUAUGAGAAGUUUUUAAAAACUUUUUUUUUUCAAAUUUACUAAAGCUAAAAAAACUGGAAAAAAAUAAAUCACAUGUACAUAUAUAUUUAGCCUUUCCUCAAUACUUUGUUGAUGCACCUUUGGCAGCAAUUACAACCUCAUUUCCUUUUGCAUACGAUGCCACAAGCUUAGCACACCUAUCUUUGGGCAGUUUUGCAGCUCCUCUCAAGCUCCCUCAGAUUGGAUAAGAAGUGUUGGUUUUCAUCCAGGAUGUCUCCGUACAUUGCUGCAUUUAUCUUAGUCUAGUCAGGGAGGUGACCAAUAACCUCAUGGUCAAUCUGCCAGCUACAGCAUUCUUCUGUGGAAAUAGAAGAACCUUCCAGAAGGACAACCAUCUCUGCAGGCCUGUAUGGUAGAGUGGCCAGAUGGAAGGCAGUUCUUAGUAAACGUUUGCCAACAUGCACCUGAAAGACUCUCAGAUCAUGAGAAACAACAUUCUCUGGUCUGAUGAGACAAAGAUUGAACUCUUUGGCGUUAAUGCCAGGCGUCAUGUUUGGAGGAAACCAGGCACCGCUCAUCACCAGGCCAAUACCAUUCAUACAGUGAAGCAUGGUGGUGGCAGCAUCAUGCUGUGGGGAUGUUUAUCAGUGGCAGGAACUGGGAGACUCGUCAGGAUGGAGGGAAAGAUGAAUCCAGAAAUGUAAGGAGACAUCCCUGAUGAAAACCAAUACCUCUAAUCCAACCUGAGGUGCUGCAAAGCGGAAUUGGCAAAACUGUAUAAAAGAUAGGUGUGCAAAUCUUGUAUAAUCGUAUUCAAAAAUACUUGAGACUGCAAGUGCCAAAAGGUGCAUCAACAAAGUAUUGUGCAAAGACUGAAUACUAGUGCAGGUUGUUUUUUGUUUUUUUUAAUUAUGGGAUAUUGUGUGUAGAAUUUUAGGGACACUAAUUUAUUCCAUUUUGGAUUAAGGUUGUAACAUAAAACGUGGGAAAAGUGAAACACUGAAUACUUUCCGGAUAAACUGAAAAAAGUGAGCUUUGAUGUCCUUAUGACAUCUGUGUUGAGUGAACAGUAAAGUGUUCAUGCUGGGUUUGCUGCUACUAGGUGGAAUUAUUUUGUAUCUUAGGUAUAUUUUACACAAUAAUAAUUUGAUUCAAACAAACCUUUUGAACCAUAACAAAUUGAUUUUCUUAACUUUUAGGACACCUUUUUUAUAACUGUACGACUUACAUGAAAUAAAUGUUAUCUUUAUGAAAUAUGUAAACAUUUAUAUCCCUACAAUAACCCUAUGUCACGAGGUGCUGUGGCGCAGAUGGUAAAGCAGCAAUGCCAGCAACUUGAAGGUUCAAAGUUCAAUUCCAGCUUCCACCAUCUUAGUCACAGCUGUUGGGUCCUUGGGCAAGACACUUCACUUUUGCUACUGAUGGGUUGUGGUUAGCGCCUUGCCUUCCAUGACAGCUUCUGCCAUCAGUGUGUGAAUGUAAUCUAUAAUGUAAAGCGCUUUGGUUAUCAUUGGCAUGGCCAGCAACUUGAGCAUUCCAGGUUCAAAUCCCACUUCUGCCAUCAAGACACUAUUUUUUUUUAAUUAUAUAGCGCUUCUGUAGUGACUCAAAGUGCUUUACAUAGUGAAACCCAAUAUCUAAGCUACAUUUAAACCAGUGUGGGUGACACUCGGAGCAAGUGGGUAAAGUGUCUUGCCCAAGGACAACGGCAGUGACUAGGAUGGUGGAAGCGGAAAUCAAAACUAGAACCCUCAAGUUGCUGGCACAGCCACUCUACCAACAAAGCUUUACCGCCCUACUACACCCACCUGCUUCCAGUGCCACCCACACUGGUUUAAAUGUUGCUUAAAAAAAGUGUAGAUAAUGGGUUUAAACUAUGUAAAGUCCUUUAUAAACAUAAUCCACAAUAGUAAAUAGGCAUUUUUAACCGUGCCUUGGGCCGAGGUGUAAAUUUUUAAUAGUUUGGAAACAAGAAAAAAAAAAAAAGCCAAACGUUAAAGUGCUUUAUUAAAAUGGUAAAAAGAUGUGAUAAGUGUCUUGAACAUGUGAGAAUCAGUGACAAGGUGUGCAGAGUGAAAGGGGAUAAUAUAAUCUACAAUAUUUUAAAUGUUCAUUGCAUCGAAUGCAGCAGCACCUUCAUCCACUGCUCCAUGUCUGACCUAUAACCCAAAGCAGACGCCGCUUGGACCACUAAUGGCAGUUAAUCAACCCCCCCAUUGUUAUCAUACCUGCUGUGGGCCACCAGUAUCAUGGCCGUCGGACGUCCACUUUGUCCCCGUGAAAGACGCAGCACGAAGGAGUUUGGUGGCAAACCCACAGCUUCUGUCUUCAGCAGCACCAUGUGCACGUGUGAGGGGAACUCUGCGUGAUCCUCCACCAGGAAGUGCUGCUCCCUGCCAAGAAAAAAAAUAUUUAAAAAUGUCCAUUAUUAUUCCUCAGAAUUAUCAUGUGGUACCUUUUGGAGGAGAUGAUCAAAAGAUCAUUGAAGAGAUGAAGGUGGAUGUUGGUGAGCGAUGUUCUCGUCUGGCAGCUGCUCUCCACGGUCAGCUGGUUCAGAGGACCCUCGUGCACUAAAAAACGGCCACUUACCACCAGAGGAACCGCCUGAAAGAAAGAAGCUGUUGAUGACAAACCAGCAAAAUAAGAAUAUUUAAAAGUCCACAAGAGCCACCUUCAGUUGGCCAAAAUCCAGCAGCAUCUCCAAGGCGAGCAGCUGCUCGAUGAACUUCAUUUUUUGGAUGCCCUCAUCACACUCUUUCACUAUCUGUCACAGCAAACCAUGAUGAUGCAACCUUGGUUUUAUUUGUAUUGAAUAUUCAAACAUUACCUCAUGUAUGGCCUCCUUUGCUUUCUCAAGAUAGAACAAACUCUCCGACUUUUCUUCCGUCAGUUUAAUAAUACUCUGAAGGGAAACAAUGUAAAGAUCAAAUAAAUAAAUUAAAAAACGUACAUGGUGUUCCCUCAAAAGCUGUUUACAUGUCGGAGCUCAUACUCCAACAGGCUCCUUCAGCUUCAUUCCCACAGUGUUCGAUUCAAGAACGCCUUCAUUCUGCACUCCAUCCAGCUGUAUGAUCACUCGCCAUACAGCAAUAGAUGAUAUCUGUCUAAUACCUGACACCUUCUAUGUUAGCUACCUCUCUUUGUUUAUAAUGUCUAUUUUUUGCUGGAUCUACUCUAUUUUAUGCUGCCCUUUUUUUGCUGCAGCUGUUACAUAUACUUUAAUAUUGUACUUGGUAAUUGUGAUUUGUUAUAUUAUAUUUGAAUGUAUAUCAGUAUAUAUAAUAUACUGUAUAUACAAUAUAUAAAUAUUACAUAUGUUAUAUUGCUACUACAGUACAUUUUUAGUCUACUUUAUACCUGCAUUACCCUU